UCCGGUCCGGUCCGGUCCGGUCCGGUGCGGCGCGGCCAUGGAGCUGCUGCCCCGCAGCCCCGCCGAGUUCAGCUCCGCACGCUACUGGGAUCGCUUCUUCCGCCAGCGCGGACAGCGGCCCUUCGAGUGGUACGGGGCCUUCCCGGAGCUCUGCCCCGUUCUGUACAAGUAUGUGCGGCCCCGCGACAAGGUUCUGGUGGUGGGCUGUGGGAACUCGGAGCUGAGCGAGCAGAUGUAUGACGUGGGCAUGUGCGAGGACAUCAUCAACGUCGACAUCAGCGACGCCGUCAUCCGCCAGAUGCGGGAGCGCAGCGCCGGCACGAGGCCGAGGAUGAGCUACCUGCUGAUGGACAUGCUCCAGAUGGACUUCCCUGACAGCCACUUCCAAGUGGUGCUGGACAAAGGCACGCUGGAUGCCCUCCUGACCGAUGAAGAGGAGGCCACUUUAGCCAAGGUGGACCAGAUGUUCGCUGAGAUCAGCCGGGUCCUGCAGGUAGGAGGGCGCUACCUCUGCGUCUCCUUGGCUCAAGCCCACGUGCUGAAGAAAGCCGUGGAAUACUUCUCCCAGGAAGGCUGGGUCGUGCGUGUCCACCAGGUGGCCAGCAGUGGGGACAAGCAGCAGUUUGUCCUGCCAGUCUUCGUCUAUGUCAUGACCAAGUUCAGGAAGAUCCCUGGCUCAGCAGCACAGAUCCUGGAGAUCUGCCCUGAGGAGCAGGACAAGCCGAUGCGGGUGGAGAGCGCGGAGCGGCUGGUGGCAGCAGUGAAGGACAGGCAGCAUUAUGCCCUGCUCUGCAGCCAGAUAAGCAAAACCCCCUGCAGGGAACAGGUUUCCUUGGAUCUGUGUGACAAAGAGAGCGGGAAGCCUCGCUACACGCUGCACGUGGUCGACAGCCCCUCGGUGAAACCUUCCCGGGACAAUCACUUUGCCAUCUUCAUCAUCCCACAGGGCAGAGAAACCGAGUGGCUCUUUGGGACGGAGGAGGGGCGGAGGCAGCUGGCGGCCAGCGCGGGGUUCGGGCGCCUGGUCACGGUGGCCCUGCACAGGGAGCAGCACUACGAGGGCAUGGCCAGCAUCCAGGCAGAGCUGUCGGGGAAGGUGAUGGAGCUGGCCCCGCCGGGCCUCCCUGCCCGCCAGCAGGUGCCCUUCCUGUCCGUGGGAGGGGACAUCGGGGUGCGGGCGGUGCGGCACUGUGGCAACAGCCCCCUGAGUGGGGACUUCGUGGUGGAGGACGUCAGGGGAGAUGGCACCUGCUACUUCCGCCGCCUCGUCUUCCUCCAGAACAGGAACGUGGUGCAGUCAGAGGCUCGGCUCUUGGCCCCCACGCCUUUCCCAGGCCAGAAGAAGCGGAGGAAGGACAAGAAGAAAGCCAGCCCCACUGAGCCAGCUGGAGCCAUCGACAAGAGCUACCUGUGCUGUGAGCACCACAAGGCCAUGGUUGCGGGGCUCUGCCUGCUGGGGGGCCCCGACGCCCUCCCAGGAGAGCUGGCAGUGCUGGUGGUGGGGCUCGGCGGGGGCAGCCUGCCCCUCUUCGUGCACGAUUACUUCUCGCAGGCCCGCGUGGCCGUGGUGGAGAUCGACCCCUCCAUGCUGGAAGUGGCCACACGCUGGUUCGGUUUCUCCCAGGGUGACAGGAUGCAAGUGCACGUCUCUGAUGGCCUGGACUACGUGGCCAAGCUGGCAGCUGAAGCCCCAGCCCAGUAUGAUGCCAUCAUGUUUGAUGUGGACAGCAAAGACCUCACGGUGGGGAUGAGCUGCCCGCCCCCAGCCUUUGUGGAAAAGCCCUUUCUGCAGAAAGUUAAAACCAUCCUCAAGCCAGAAGGAGUCUUCGUGCUCAACCUGGUGUGCCGCGACGCCGGGCUGAAGGAAUCCGUGCUGGCCGCCCUCAGGGACGUCUUCCCGCUGCUCUACGGCCGCAGCAUCCAAGGGGAGGUCAACGAGAUCCUGCUGUGCCAGGCGGGCCCCGCGGGCGGGCGCGGCCCCGCAGAUCGGAAGAGCUGCCGGCCCGGCCUGCUGGAGGGGCGGCAGUGGCGCGGCAAGGCGCUUCCUGCAGCCGGGGUGAGAGGGACAGAUGGGCGUCCUACUUUCUCCCUGGGCCAACCUGCAUCUACGCAGAGGGAGUAG